GCCGAGGAGGUGGCCAGCUGGGUCACCCGGGUGCGCAGGACACGAACGUCGUGCCCGGGCCGAAGCCGGUGGCGCUGGCGACCUACACGCAGAGCGGGCUGCCCUGCUUCCGCAAGCAGUCGUUUCACCUGACCCCGCGGGAGGGCCAGGCCGCCGAGUACCAGCAGUGCUUCGGCGAGCCCAGCUCCGCUGGGAGACAACCGCUGACGAGCCUGUUCAACACCUUCAGCUGCGAGGACAUGAACCCCGCGUUCUACAGCGUCCUGUGGCCGCAGCAGGUGAAGAAGCUCCACGCGGCGAUCGCCGAGCUGGCCGGUCGCCAGGAGCGCGCGCUCGCGCGCCCGUCGAGGGCCCGUGCUCUGCCGUUGCCCCUGGCAGCGGAGAAGAUCAAACAGCGCGAGGAUGCCGAGCGUGGCGCAAGGUGUGUCGUCGUGCAGCCGGCGCAGAGCGUGCGGCGGGGAGUCCUCAGGCACGCGAUCUUGACGACCGCCGCGCUGGCCGGGCUCAGCGACCGGAUCAUGCUCGCGUCGCCACGCGUGGUCUUCACGAGGCCCGCCAGCGCCCAGCUGCGCGAGGCGGCGGCCAGCAGGCUCGAGCUUCCCGAGGUCAGGAACUCGCACUGA